AUGGCGUCCACAACCAAAUCUCUGCUCUCCUCGAGUUUCUUGGGUGGAACGCAGAUCUUCACUUCACCCCCAACCCCCAAAACCACCACCAAACACCUCCAAUUCCACUCCAGGAGGAGAUUUUUAGCCCCACAAUCUCUCAGCAAGGAAUCGAAGCUAGAUAGCUUCAAGGGUCUUUCUUCAAAGGCCACUCUUGCUGCUCUUUUGUUCUCUUCUAUUGCUCCACAAGCAAUUGCGCUUGAUAACGCUACCCCUGCUGCUCCGCCCACUGAAAUUCAAGCGGAAAUUCCCCAGCCCACUGCCUCUAAUGCGUCGCCGUUUUCCCAAAAUGUUGUCUUGAAUGCCCCCAAACCCCAGGCCCAGCCCGCUUCGGACCUCCCUGAGGGGUCUCAGUGGCGGUACAGUGAGUUCUUGAAUGCUGUGAAGAAGGGGAAGGUCGAGAGGGUUCGGUUUAGCAAAGAUGGGAGUGCCCUCCAGCUCACCGCCGUGGACGGGAAGAGGGCCACGGUUAUUGUGCCCAAUGACCCGGAUUUGAUUGAUAUCUUGGCGAUGAAUGGGGUUGAUAUAUCGGUUUCUGAGGGGGAUGGUGGAAAUGGGCUGUUCAGUUUUAUUGGGAAUUUGCUUUUCCCUUUCCUUGCUUUUGCCGGGCUUUUCUUUCUUUUCCGGCGGGCUCAGGGAGGACCCGGCGGUCCGGGAGGGCUUGGUGGGCCCAUGGAUUUUGGCCGGUCCAAGUCCAAGUUCCAGGAGGUGCCAGAGACUGGGGUUACAUUUGCUGAUGUAGCCGGUGCUGAUCAAGCCAAAUUGGAAUUGCAAGAAGUGGUAGAUUUCUUGAAAAACCCUGAUAAAUAUACUGCCCUGGGUGCCAAAAUCCCUAAAGGGUGUCUUUUGGUUGGGCCACCUGGAACUGGGAAGACCCUUUUGGCUAGAGCAGUGGCUGGUGAGGCUGGGGUUCCAUUCUUUUCUUGUGCUGCUUCAGAGUUUGUGGAGUUAUUUGUGGGUGUUGGGGCUUCCAGAGUGAGGGAUUUGUUUGAGAAGGCCAAGUCUAAAGCCCCCUGCAUUGUGUUCAUUGAUGAGAUUGAUGCAGUGGGAAGGCAGAGAGGAGCAGGGCUUGGGGGUGGAAAUGAUGAAAGAGAGCAGACUAUUAAUCAGCUCUUGACUGAAAUGGAUGGGUUCUCUGGCAAUUCAGGGGUCAUAGUUUUGGCAGCAACUAACAGGCCUGAUGUUCUUGAUUCGGCAUUGCUGAGGCCCGGUAGGUUCGAUAGGCAGGUCACGGUUGACAGACCUGAUGUUGCUGGUAGAGUGAGGAUCCUUCAGGUGCAUUCGAGAGGAAAGGCUCUUGCGAAGGAUGUGGACUUUGAGAAAAUUGCUAGGAGAACACCGGGUUUUACUGGUGCUGAUUUGCAAAAUUUGAUGAAUGAAGCAGCCAUCCUUGCAGCUAGGCGUGACCUUAAGGAAAUAAGCAAAGACGAGAUCUCUGAUGCGUUAGAAAGAAUAAUCGCUGGCCCAGAGAAGAAAAAUGCUGUUGUGUCGGAUGAGAAGAAAAAAUUGGUUGCUUACCAUGAGGCUGGGCAUGCUUUAGUCGGAGCACUUAUGCCUGAGUAUGAUCCUGUUGCCAAGAUCUCCAUCAUUCCCCGUGGCCAAGCUGGUGGUCUUACCUUCUUUGCUCCAAGUGAAGAAAGACUCGAGUCGGGGCUAUACAGUAGAAGUUACUUGGAGAAUCAGAUGGCUGUUGCCUUAGGUGGAAGGGUUGCUGAAGAGGUUAUCUUUGGAGAAGACAACGUAACAACCGGUGCCUCAAAUGACUUCAUGCAAGUUUCGCGGGUGGCAAGACAAAUGGUCGAGAGGUUUGGCUUCAGUAAGAAGAUCGGACAAAUAGCCAUCGGUGGACCUGGAGGAAACCCGUUCUUAGGUCAACAGAUGUCGACCCAGAAAGACUACUCCAUGGCAACUGCUGAUGUGGUUGACGCGGAGGUGAGAGAGCUGGUGGAAAGGGCAUACUCAAGGGCAAAGCAGAUCAUUACAACUCAUAUUGACAUCCUACACAAGCUUGCUCAACUGCUAAUCGAAAAGGAAACUGUUGAUGGUGAAGAGUUCAUGAGCCUCUUCAUAGAUGGAAAGGCUGAGCUAUUUGUUGCUUAAUCUAGCAUUUGAAUCUCAAUGAUGGUGUACAAAGAUUUUUGCGUAGCAGAUGGUGAUGUAUAAGCCAAUACAAUAUAAAUGUAAACAUUAAAAAUUGACAAAUUGGGAAUCAGAAAUUGACAUGAGCAUUUUACCA